CUCCACUCCAGCACACCUCUAAAGACGAUGUCUCUCCUCCACCUCCAAUUCUCCUCUUCCUCCUCCGCCGUUCGAUCACCGCUUUCUCUUCCGUCGAAAUGCCACACCACCGCCAGCUCCACCCAGUCUUCCUUUCACUCCUCCUCCGCCUCCUCAAAGAGCUCCAAAAGCUCCUCGUUGGCGGUAGCCUCCUCGUCGAUGAAACAUCAGGUCAACGAUGGUUCGAGAUUUAGAGUCAGGUCGAGCUUAGAUACUGUGGAACACACUGUGGGCCAGGUUACCGAGGUUAACAAAGACACCUUCUGGCCCAUCGUUAAUGCCGCCGGCGACAAGACGGUUGUUCUCGAUAUGUACACCCAGUGGUGUGGUCCAUGCAAAAUCAUGGCUCCAAAAUUUCAAGAAUUGUCUGAAAAAUACUCUGAUGUUGUCUUUCUAAAGCUUGACUGCAACCAGGAGAACAGGCCAUUGGCGAAAGAGCUUGGAAUAAGGGUGGUUCCAACCUUCAAGAUUCUGAAAGACAAGACGGUCGUAAAGGAGGUAACUGGUGCCAAAUUUGAUGAUUUAGUUUUUGCCAUUGAAACUGUUAGAUCAAGCUGAAUUUUUUUUUCUACUUGUUCUCUGUAAACUAUUAUUACUAUAAUGAACAAAAUGUGGACCUGCAAAAUAGCUGUCUGUUUUUCUUAAGUAUGUAUGUAUGUAUUUAGCUCACGUUGAAAUGAUGGAAAGAAAAUAACUGUUUGUAUC